GUAUUUUUAAUUGUUAAGAAAUUUUGACAUAGGAAGAUAACAAUAAAAGUAUAUAAUUCAAAUUUAUAAUGAGUAAAAAACAGAAUGAGCCAGCUCCGGGUGAUGGUUUACGUUCUCUCAGGAGCACAGGAUUAUUCCGAGCAGUUAAUUAUGAAUUAUAUGUUAAACCGAAUAAAAUGAUAAUGAUUUUUGGAGCCGUAACGAUGUUGAGUUCUAUAGCAUAUAUUCUGUACAUGCGUCAAAAAUACGAUAGUACAAAGUAUUAUAAUGCAGUAUCAGAGGAUGGGACAAUUGUAUUAAAAAAGAAAACAUCCAAAUGGGCAGAUUGA